AUGGCUCCCCCACUGCAGGAGAAAGACUCCACGGUGAAGUGUAAGGACUGUGGAGCCUUUGGACACACAGCAAGGAGCCUCAGGUGCCCCAUGAAGCACUGGCAAGGGGCGCUGGCCCCCCUGCCUUUGGGGUCCAGACUCGGUAAGGAGAACCUGGAAGCACGGAAGCUGCAGGACCCACCGACCCCAGGGACCCCUAACAUGGCUGAGAGAGAGGAGGAGGAAAGGCAGAGGAAAGAGGAGCAGCAGAGGAAGCUCCUGCAGCGAUUUCCCAGGAGGCCCCGUGGUCGGCAGCCGCAGAGCUGGAAGGAGAAGCCGGAGCCCGGCCACUGCCUGAGGCACCCAAACAUGCCCGUGCUUAUCCACACAUCCAAGAGGAAAUCCCUUCAGAAUCCAGGUCACCCAAGAGGGUCAUUGACCAGGAAAGAUGAUGUGAAAUCCACCCUCCCCGCAGUGCCUCUCGUCAGCAGGAAUUUGGCCCAGGCCUCCAAGGUCAGCAUCGAGACUCCAGGCAAGAGAUAUGCCCAGACCCCCACCCCGACAUGUGUGAACCCCCCAAAGAAACCUAGACUCAGCCCCGUCCAGACCACCCCAGAGAGCACUCCGACAGCAGAUCUGGGGACCCUCCUGAAUCUCCCUUCUCCACCCAGCACAGCUGGACAUGGACCGAGAAUGGCAGCCCGUGUAUCCAGGAAGACACAUGCCCAGGGGCAAGGCUUUGACCUCCAGCCUCCACCGGACAGAUCUCCCUCCAGGAGCGUCUGCGCCGUCUCUGCAGCCCACCCCGCGCCCAUCAUCCGCGUCCCGGGCCAGCCUCUCAGGAUGCUCUUCCUGAGAGAGGGUGAAGGCCGGUGGAGCUGCCGGUACACAGCGCCCCCCUCUCCACGGGCUGCGGAGCAGCCAGCCCCUCCUGCUCAGAGCCCGUCCGUCGACCAGGAUCCCGAGGGACACACUGUCCCCGGGCCCCGGAGCGUCCUCUACGACGACCUCCAGGUGUCUUCUUCCUCUGAAGAGAGCGACUGGGACGAAGACACCAGUGGCAACUGA